GAGUAAGAGAGACACAGAGAGGAGAGGAAAGCAAAGCGAAGAAAGAUGGAGCGAAAUAGAAAGAAGAAGGCGGAGAAGAAUGAUGAGGUAGAAGAGCUACUCCAAGCAGCUGAGGACGAAUUGCUCCUCAAGCUUUCCCUCGAUUCCCACACGUCCCGCCUCCCACCCGACUACCUCCCCUCCGAUCUCGACCGCCGUUUCCAAGCCCUCAAAUCGCGACCCUCUGUCUCCCCUAACCCUUCUUCUCACUCUCUAUCCGAAUCAACCACGUCUAGCGUGGACGAAGAGAAGCUCUCCUCCAGAUUCGCUGCUCUCAAGGGCUCUCAUGGAAUUCCUGCCAAUGCCGAUCCCAAGUUGUUAUCCACCGGUGAUGAUGCUACCGAUGAUGAAGAAGAUGAAGUGGAGAAGUUGAUUCGGUGGGCCAAGGAUGCCGCUCGUCUCGACCCCUCUCCUUCGUCCGAUGAAGAUGACGAUAACGACGAAGACGACGACGAUCAUGCAAAGGGACACCCUCGGAAAUAAAAUGGGUCUACCCUCUUAUUGUAAUGUGCGAUAUCCAAGUCAACUUUCGUGUAGCCAUUUCUCUUCAAGAAAUUAAUUUUGAAUAAAUAAAAUACGAGCUUCUUCCUCUC